ACCAACGACAACAAGCCUACCACCAAACAGUCUGACCUGUCUACAAGCUCAGGAAACUUCAUAAAGAGCCCCUCUUCGCCUCAAGAGCAGCCUCCCUCAUCCCCAGCUUCGUCCAAAAAACUUAGCCAUCCCAUCUGCUCGACUUAACAGAGACACGGAGAACAACAACAGAUUAGUGACCAUGCCAGCCGCACACGCCGUCCCAUCCAUCUUCCUUACUCCUCCCGAGCGUUUGAGCGGUAUGCUCCAAGAAGAGAUAUUAAACCCAAUCAGCGCUCGAGUCAUCCCAGCCACCGCCAAGAUCAACCCCCGACUCAACCCCUCUGAUGAUGAUGAGGAGUCGAACGACGAGGGCUCUGAAAGCUCUUCAAAGGAAGAUUCUUCCAAGGAAGACUCCUGGUCAUCAUCCACUUCACUAUCCACUGAUGACAGCAACUGCUCAGGCAUUGAAAGCUAUGACGAUCUCGUCACGCCCCUUGAGGUCAAGACGGAGAUCAAGAUCUCCAAGUUUGCCGAAAAGUUGAUCGAGCACAGUCGCCAGACGAUCGCUGAUGUGAUCUCGGGAAAAGACGACAGACUGAUCGUUGUGGUUGGGCCGUGUUCGAUUCACAAUGUUGACGCCGCUCUCCAUUACGCCCGAGAGCUGAAGGCUGUCGAAAGCCAAUUUCCGAACUUGAUACUCGUCAUGAGAACAUACUUCGAGAAACCCCGAACGACCGUGGGCUGGAAGGGCCUGAUCAACGAUCCAGACUUGGAUGGCAGCUUUCAAAUCGAGCGCGGGAUUCGGAUUGCCCGACAACUGAUGGCUCAAAUCACCCAUAUGGGCUUACCGGUAGCGACCGAGUUACUUGAUACGAUCAGUCCUCAAUACUUGUCCGACUUGAUUUCCUGGGGAGCGAUCGGCGCCCGCACGACGGAGAGUCAGCUUCACCGGGAGCUGACCUCAGCCAUGGCCCACCCGGUCGGGCUCAAGAACGGCACCGACGGCGGAGUGAAGGUGGCGAUGGACGCGAUGCAAUCGGCACGGGCGAGCCAUGCAUUCAUGGGCGUCGGUCCACACGGACGGGCAACCAUCGUCCGAAGCCGCGGAAAUAGGAAUGUCCAUGUCAUCCUCCGUGGGGGCUCUAAGGGCACAAACUUCGACCCGCUCAGUGUUGCCGAGACCCGAUCGAGUCUCCUCAAGAUCCAGCCCACCUUCCAUCCUUCGAUCAUGGUAGAUUGUUCGCAUGGAAAUUCGUCGAAGGAUUACAGAAACCAACCCAAAGUGAUCAAGUCGAUAUGCGAGCAGUUAUCAAACGGCAGCGAUCAGGGAGCUAUCAGCGGAGUGAUGAUCGAAUCCAAUAUCCACGAAGGCCGACAGGACAUUCCCAAGGACGGGCCCAUCGGGCUGAAGUAUGGGGUCUCAAUCACGGAUGCUUGUGUCAACUUCGAGGAAACCGUGAAAAUGUUGAAGGACUUGGAACACGCCGUCUUGAGCCGUCGGGCAAUCUUGGGAUCCCGCAGAUCAAGUCUGGACUGCUAGCUCCCCUGAUGCGCGUUUCUUUCGCUCAUUCAUUUGUUUCGGACAUGAGGAUGACUGCACAGCCCCACCAAGCCAUUAACGUGUGCUACAUAUUAGCUUUUAGACGUGAGAAGAUGUCUCAAACGUACCAUCGAAGUGCCAUCCAGAUAAAGCGUACCUAUCCAAUUCCCACUUGCUUGUUCGGUUCCAGAUUUCCCCUUUUUCUCCCAUCUACAUUACAAUAAUCUUACUAAUGAACGAAGAAUCGCUUGGUCGGCUAAAAAUAAAUCCCCCCCCCCCCCCCCCACUUUUUCUUUGUCGUGUAAGCCAACAAUAGUUCUCG